CUAGCUCCUGCCUGGCUCUGACUGGGAGGAAACGCUUCCUCGCUGCAUGUGAAGGACUCCGACGAUGCCCGGAAGGCGUGCCAUAGUGUUCUUUUGAAGUUUCAGCUGCAAGAUGAAGCCAGUGUGCAGCAGAGCUAGGACUCAGCUUUGAAUAAAGAGUCAUUUUCCCCUUCAUGAAUUGCUCUUCGAAUCAUGAUCAGAUGGAGGUCAUACAGGGCUUUAAUAAGUCCGUGAAGGGCUGUGUUUGAGCCAGAAGAUGAAUUGACAGAACACAAAGAUUUUGAAGAUCAGAACACAUCAACACCCAGAGCUCAAUGACACACCGGGACUCUUCUCGGAGGGACCCAUGGACUGUAUGUGCUUACCUUUUACACAGGUGGAUGUAGCUGCUUCCAGGAAGUCUCCUCCCUUCAGCUGCACACAAGAGUGGAGGUAGGGGAUGGAAACCCACACCAUGUUUUCUCAGAUGUUCGUGGCUUUGGGUUCUUGGAAUUGGCUGCUAUUGCUAGCGAUCCUUGAGAGUUUCACAGCAUCUUCUGGUCUGACCAUAUCUGCAAAUUCCCCUGCCCUGCCUGAGCCUAAUGCCUGGUUUGCUGCUGUCAGCUCAGAGCCAGAGGAGAGGAUAUCAGUUUUUUCACUGGAUUAUGACUAUGUACAAAUUCCUUAUGAGGUCACCCUCUGGAUACUUCUAGCAUCCCUUGCAAAAAUAGGCUUCCAUCUUUACCACAGGCUGCCGGGCCUCAUGCCGGAAAGCUGCCUCCUCAUCACCGUCGGGGCUCUGGUGGGAGGCAUCAUCUUUGGCACCGACCACAAGUCUCCUCCUGUCAUGAGCUCAAGCAUCUACUUCCUGUAUCUCCUCCCGCCCAUCGUCCUGGAGGGUGGUUACUUCAUGCCCACCCGGCCCUUCUUUGAGAACAUCGGCUCCAUCCUCUGGUGGGCAGUGCUGGGGGCCCUGAUCAACGCCUUCGGCAUUGGCCUCUCCCUCUACCUCAUCUGCCAGAUCCAGGCCUUCGGCCUCAGCGACGUCAACCUGCUGCAGAACCUGCUGUUUGGCAGCCUCAUCUCAGCCGUGGACCCUGUGGCCGUGUUGGCCGUGUUUGAGGAGGCCCGUGUGAACGAGCCGCUCUACAUGAUGAUCUUCGGGGAGGCCCUUCUCAACGACGGGAUUAGUGUGGUCUUAUACAAUAUCCUGAUCGCCUUCACAAAGAUGCAUAAAUUCGAAGCCAUAGAAACUGUCGACAUUUUGGCUGGCUGUGCCCGAUUCUUUAUUGUGGGGGUUGGAGGAGUAUUUUUCGGCAUCAUUUUUGGAUUUAUUUCUGCCUUCAUCACACGUUUCACCCAGAAUAUCUCUGCAAUCGAGCCGCUCAUCGUCUUCAUGUUCAGCUACCUGUCUUACCUCGCUGCCGAAACCCUGUAUCUCUCAGGCAUCCUGGCAAUCACAGCUUGCGCGGUGACCAUGAAAAAGUAUGUGGAAGAAAAUGUGUCCCAGACAUCCUACACGACCAUCAAGUAUUUCAUGAAGAUGCUGAGCAGCGUCAGUGAGACCCUGAUCUUCAUCUUCAUGGGCGUGUCCACCGUCGGCAAGAACCACGAGUGGAACUGGGCCUUCAUCUGCUUCACCCUGGCCUUCUGUCUCAUCUGGAGAGCCAUCAGUGUGUUUGCUCUCUUCUAUGUCAGUAACCAGUUUCGGACUUUCCCCUUCUCCAUCAAGGACCAGUGCAUAAUUUUCUACAGUGGUGUUCGAGGAGCUGGAAGUUUUUCACUUGCAUUUUUGCUUCCUCUGUCUCUUUUUCCUAGGAAGAACAUGUUUGUCACUGCUACUCUGGUAGUUAUAUAUUUUACUGUAUUUAUUCAGGGAAUCACAAUUGGCCCUCUGGUCAGGUAUCUGGAUGUUAAAAAGACGAAUAAAAAAGAAUCCAUCAAUGAAGAGCUUCAUAUCCGCUUGAUGGAUCACUUAAAAGCUGGAAUCGAAGAUGUAUGCGGGCAAUGGAGCCACUACCAAGUGAGAGACAAAUUUAAGAAGUUUGAUCAUAGAUAUUUGCGGAAAAUCUUAAUCCGAAAGAACCUGCCCAAAUCAAGCAUCGUUUCUUUGUACAAGAAGCUGGAGAUGAAGCAAGCUAUCGAGAUGGUAGAGUCUGGAAUACUAAAUUCCACAGCUUUCUCGAUUCCUCAUGAGGCUCAGAGGAUACAAAGAAUCAAAAGGCUUUCCCCUGAAGAUGUGGAGUCCAUGAGGGACAUUCUGACACGCAACAUGUACCAAGUCCGACAAAGGACCCUGUCCUACAACAAAUACAAUCUCAGACCACAAACAGGUGAGAAGCAGGCUAAAGAGAUUCUGAUCCGGCGCCAGAACACACUAAGAGAAAGCACAAGGAAAGGCCACAGCCUGCCGUGGGGAAAGCCGGCUGGCACCAAAAAUAUCCGCUACCUCUCCUUUCCUUAUAGCAAUCCUCAGUCAACAAGAAGAGACGCAAGGGUUGCAGAAUUCACAGAUGAUGACAGCAGUAAUUCAGGAUGUCCUUCUGUCACGCUCAAUGCACGCUCUCUCACUGGGUCACCGCAAGGUAGACAACAGAUGCAAGAAAUGAUCCCGAUGAAGAGCCUACAGAAAGGAGGGAAGUCAUUCAACUUUGGUUAUCAAAGAAAUACAAGCCAAGAGGAGUACACUGGCAGACUCGGGAGGGCAGCUUUAAGGCCCAGACCACUAUUUCAUGCAGUAGAUGAGGAGUAUGAAUCUGGAGAGGAAAGUGAGGAAGGGGCCUCAGCAACUGGGUCCAGAUGGACGGCUGAGCGUGGAAACAGCAGGGAACAUCACAAAUCCCAUAGUCCUUUGCUCCAAAGAAAAUAGUUUUGCUGCCUACAGGCUGUUUCUGUAUUUUUCAAGAAUCUGUCUUCCUCUUAUUGUGAAAGAAGAAUUUUCAGAGU